AUGUACAAUAUCAGGUGCUAUGACAGAGAAGACACUGGUGACACCAUGCUGCAGAACCUGGAAGAUGAGCCUCAGUAUGAUGACAUUUGCACAAUCAGUGAUGGGUUCCAACAAGUUGUGCAUGGAAGUGUGGAGACCAUGAUGAAACAGGUGGCUUAUGACUUUGAGAAGGACUAUGAUUUGGCACAUGCAACUGUUGAACACCAGGCUAUGGCACAGAUUGAAGAAAUGGUUGCCAAGGAAAAUUUGGUUGUCAAGGAAGAUAUGGUUGCCAUGGGAGAUGUGGACAACAAGAAAGGGAAAACACCCAGCUACACAUAUGCUCCUCCUCCUAACAACCCUAGGCUAAACUCUAAUAUGCAAAAGGAGAUGCAGGCAGAAAUCCCAAAAUCCCAUGCUGGGAAGAUUUCCAGCUACAGAAAUGCAGAUGUUUCAUCUUUUUACAGUCUCAUUGCUCACUUCAACCCAAGUUUUCUCAUCCUAGCGUAG